AUGGCAGCUCCUGGAGAUGAUUUUGCUUUUACGAAGGCACUGACGUCUCGCUCAUCAAAACCGCACCCUGCCGCGGGCACUGUCCAGCAGGAGCCCCACUGCCACCUACGGAGAAAAUACACGUCGCUUCAGCGGAAAGCCUGGCACCGCGGAGGCGGUCAGUCCCUGGAGCAAGGCCGCCCAACCUGGGCCGCGGGCGGGGCCCUGGGCCUGCGGGGCCCUUGGGAAGCGAUCCGCGCCCGCAGUCCUCCGAGCACAGCCGCUCGCCCGCCGCGGGCCGGGCGCCAGGCCCUCGCGGCAGGGAAAGCCGCGGCAGCUAAGCGGGGCCGCCACCACCGCCACCACGACCCUUCGCCACCCCCCUGCUUCACUCCGCCCACCAGCGCCCCCGCCACUUGGCACUGCCGACCGCGCGCAGGCGCACUCUUACCUCAGGACUGCGAUACACCCAGUCAACCGCCAUUUUUUCCGGGCACUGCCGCGGUGCGGCGGUGUCCUGCCCUUCGCUGCGACCGGGGCCCUGGGAGCUGCUUUCGGAGCUGCUGCUCCUCUCGGUCCGGGAGCGGGGGCCAGGGUGGCGGGCAAUGCGGCGGCCGGGAGCCGCUGAGGCGAGCCGGGCUGGCGCUGCUCCUCUUGGCCGCCGGGGCGGGGGCGAGGCCGCGGCCCGCCGCUCCUGGGGUCCAAGCCCCGUCCAGCGUGGUGCUGGUGGCCUGCGACUCCUUGGAUGGACGCUUGACAUUUUUUCCAGGAAAUCAGACUGUGGAUUUACCUUCCAUAAAUUUUAUGAAAAGAUAUGGCACUGUCUUUCUCAAUGCCUAUACCAAUUCUCCAAUUUGUUGUCCUUCGCGUGCAGCUAUGUGGAGUGGUCUUUUCACCCAUUUAACAGAAUCUUGGAAUAACUUCAAAGGUCUAGAUCCAGAUUACGUAACAUGGAUGGAUCUCAUGGAGAAGCAUGGCUACCACACACAGAAGUUUGGGAAAUUGGACUAUACUUCUGGACAUCAUUCAGUUAGUAACCGUGUGGAAGCUUGGACUAGGGAUGUUCACUUCCUGCUCCGGCAAGAAGGGAGACCCAUGGUAAAUCUUACAGGUGAUAGGAAGCGGGUUAGAGUGAUGGAAGCAGAUUGGCGGAAUACUGAUAAAGCAGUAAACUGGAUAAAGGAAGAAGCUGUUAACCUUACUCAACCAUUUGUUCUUUACUUGGGACUAAAUUUACCACACCCAUACCCAUCACCCUAUGCAGGAGAAAAUUUUGGAUCCUCUACAUUUUUAACAUCUCCCUAUUGGCUUGAAAAGGUAACCUAUGAAGCUAUUAAAAUACCCAAGUGGUCUUCUCUCUCUGAGAUGCAUCCAGUAGACUAUUACUCAUCGUACACCAAGAAUUGCACAGGAGAGUUUACAGAGGAAGAAGUGAGAAAUAUUAGAGCAUUUUAUUAUGCUAUGUGUGCAGAGACAGAUGCCAUGCUGGGUGAGAUUAUUUCAGCUCUGCGAGAUACGGGGCUUCUUAGAAAAGCAGUUGUUAUAUUCACUGCAGACCAUGGAGAACUUGCUAUGGAACAUCGUCAGUUCUAUAAAAUGAGCAUGUAUGAAGGAAGUUCCCAUGUUCCUCUUUUAGUUAUGGGACCAGGUGUAAAAGAACAGCAGGAAAUACCAAAUGUAGUAUCUCUUGUGGAUAUAUAUCCUACUAUGCUUGAUAUAGCAAGAAUUCCUGUCCCACAGAACCUCAGUGGAUAUUCUCUUAUACCGCUGCUACAUAAAAAGACUGAGAGUGAAGUGUCACCAAGUGGACCUCGGCCCUCUUGGGUGCUGAGUGAGUUCCAUGGGUGCAAUGUGAAUUCUUCUGUGUAUAUGCUGCGAACUGGCAAAUGGAAAUAUAUCGCGUACUCGGAUGGCUGUUCAGUACUGCCUCAACUAUUUGAUCUUACUGCUGAUCCAGAUGAGCUAACAAAUGUUGCCAUAAAAUUCCCACUAAUUGUACGUUCCUUGGACAAAAUACUCCGUUCUAUAGUAAACUAUCCAAAGGUUUCUUCUUCUGUUCAGGAGUAUAACAAACGACAGUUUAUCAGUUGGAAACAAAGUUUGGGUCAGAAUUACUCAAGUGUUAUUGCGAACCUUAGGUGGCAUCAAGACUGGUUAAAGGAACAAAAAAAAUAUGAGAAUGCAAUUGACAAAUGGCUUGGGGAGUAG